AUGCCCUGCAAUCCCCCCCAUCAGGGUCUGCUGUCCAUGGAGGACGACCUGGCGGCGGCGGCAGAGGCGAGGCGGCAGCAACAGGAGGAGGAGAGCGACGACGAGCGCGGGGAGGCGGUGGCGGCGGAGAUCGAGCGGCUGACGGGGGAGUUGCGGCAGCAGCGGGAGGAGAUUCAGCAGCUGCAGGCGGCGGCGCGGCAGUGGAAGCUGCAGAAGGAGCAGGCGGAGGGCAUGGUGCAGCUGCUGCAGCAGGAACUCGCCGUGAAGGACGCUGCUGCUGCCGCUGCAACAGCCGCAGCAGCAGGGGGCGCUGGCAGCUUGAAGGUGGCAGGGAGCACCACCAAUGGAGUUGCUGUGGUGUCAGCAGCGUUUGCAGCGGCGCGCACGUCCAAGGUGACGACGAUAGUGUGGUUCCGCCGCGACCUGCGCGUGGAGGACAACCCCGCGCUCAUCGCGGCGGCGCAGCAGGGCGCCGUGGUGCCGCUCUUCGUGUGGUCGCCGGAGGAGGAGGGGCAGUUCUUCCCCGGCCGCGUGUCGCGCUGGUGGCUGCGCAACUCGCUCUCGCAGCUGCACGCGGCGCUCACGGCGCUGGGCGUGCCGCUCUUCAUGCGGCGCGCCAAGUCGACCCUGGCGGUGCUGCUGGAAGUCAUGGCGGCCACCGGCGCCACGCAGGUCUUCUACAACCACCUCUACGGUGCGCGCCCCGCCCUGCGCCUCGCCCUCCGCCGUUCCCUACUCCUGUGUCCCCCCGUGCACCCCGCCAUACGCCCCGCCUUGGCACCUGCGCGGCUCAACCUGCUCUCAUUGCACCAGAUGCUGACUUGUACUCUUCUAGUCUCUCCUGCUUCUCAAAUCUUACCAUUUCCUCCGUGUCCCUCCUCGGCAUGCCGCCCAUCUCCACGAUUCGUCCACAACUCGUCCACGCCUCGUCACGACUCAUCCACGACCGACCUCCAGAUCCCUCGUACUACUCCCUCACACCCUCCCUCCCUCCCUUUUCCCCUCCCCCUCUUCCCCCCAUCUCCCCCCCUCCCCCCCCCCUCCGCCGCCCCUCCCCCAGACCCCGCGUCGUUGGUGCGCGACCACCGCGUGAAGCAGGAGCUGAGUCGGCGCGGAGUGGUGGUGCGCUCCUUCAACGCGGAUCUGCUCUUCGAGCCCUGGGAGAUCUUCGACGACCACGGCAAGGCCUUCACCACCUUCCGCUCCUUCUGGCGCCACUGCCUGCACCACCCGCGCCCCUCCCGCCCCGACCCGCCGCUCCCCGCGCCCGCGCGCCUGUGCGGGCCGCUGGGGUUCGUGCGGAGCGUGGCGGUGGACCUGCUGGGGCUCGAGGCGGACGACGAGCGCCCCAGCAACGACCUGCUCGCGCGCGCCUGGCUGCCCGGCUGCACCAACGCGGACCGCGCGCUCGUCGCGUUCCUGCACGGGCCGCUGCUCGAGUACGCGGCGAACCGCAGCAAGGCGGACAGCGCCACGACGUCGCUGCUCUCCCCGCACCUGCACUUCGGCGAGAUCUCCGCGCGCCGCAUCUUCCACGAAUGCCAGCGCCUGAGCGUCGCGUGGCAGAAGGACGGGCUGCCGCGCGCGGCGGAGAGCGUCGCGCAGUUCGUGCGCGCGCUGGGCUUCCGCGAGUACUCGCGCUACCUCUCCUUCAACUUCCCCUUCACGCACGAGCGCUCCCUCCUCGCGAACCUCAAGCACUUCCCGUGGCGCGUGGACGAGCACAUGUUCAAGCUAUGGCGGCAGGGGCGCACGGGGUACCCGCUCGUGGACGCGGGGAUGCGCGAGCUGUGGGCGACGGGGUGGCUGCACAACCGCAUCCGCGUGGUGGUGGCGUCGUUCUGCGUGAAGUUCCUGCAGCUGCCGUGGCGGUGGGGCAUGAAGUACUUCUGGGACACGCUGCUCGACGCCGAUCUCGAGGCCGACGUGCUGGGCUGGCAGUACAUCAGCGGCUCGCUGCCCGACGGCCACGAGCUGGAUCGAAUGGAUGAUCCCGAGGAGGACGGCUACCGCUUCGACCCCGAGGGGGAAUACGUGCGGAGAUGGGUGCCGGAACUCGCGCGCGUGCCGACGGAUUGGAUUCACCACCCGUGGGACGCGCCGCCCGUCGUGCUGCGCAUGGCGGGGGUGGAGUUGGGCGCGAAUUACCCGCGGCCGGUGCUGGAUGUGCUCACGGCGCGGCAGCGGCUGCAGGAGGCGGUCGAUACGAUGUGGCAGCGCGAGGCGGCGCUGAAGGCGGCGGCCGCCAACGGGUGCGACGAGGGGCUGGGCGACACGGAGGAGGUGCUCGUCGCGUUCUCGCGCGCGCCCGACCACCGCCUGCCCAUGCGCGUGCACACCGCGCUCGUGCGCCCCGAGCUCAGCUGCGCCAACGGCGCAUCCGCCCCCGCCGCGUCGCACAGCACGCUGGCGGCCAGCGCGAGGGGCGGCGCAGGAGGGUUGGCGCGCUCCGCUUCGUGCGACUCCGCCGCCGCCAGCGGGGUGGGGCCGUGGCGCGGGCCUGCGGAUAACGGGGAGGGGGAGGCGCAGGGGGUGCGCGCGGGCGGGGAGGAGCUCCCACUGGCCGUGCAGAUGGAGGCGGCGGCGGCGGCGGUGAUGGCGGCGGACAGGGCGGGGAAGGCGGCGCGAGGACCGGAGCAGGGGGAAUGCGGAGAGGCGAAAAAGCAAGUCGCAGAUGGAGAAGCGGCAGAACUGGCGGCGGGGAGAGCGGACGGCGCGGACGGGGGGGGCCGUGCGGGAGGGGUUGCGCCGGGCGUGGUCCCGUGGAACGACCAGAUGGUGCCGUACUUCCCCUCGCCCGCCACCAUCCAGGCCGCGGAAGCCAUUCUUGCAGGGGACGCCGCCGCCGCCGCGCACGCCUUGCAGGCGGAAGGCGUGCAGCCGCCCUUCCCCAAGGACGUGCCGGCGGAAGAAAAGGGGACUCGUCCCCCUGCGGCGGGGGCGCCGGAGCAAGCGGCUGCGGGGAAGGGGAACGUGGCGGGCGGGGCGACGUCGGCGCUGCCGCGUUGGGCGGCAGUUCUGGGCGGGCAGGGCGGAGGAGCCGGGCACGGGACGGCGGAAGGGCUGUCGCCGUCCGCGCGCGUGUCCAGUCUGGUGGAACUGCAACUGUUCCCCUCUGCCCCGCGCCCCGCCCCCGCCGAUGGCGCACGCGCGCAGAGGGGAAAAGUGGCGGAGGGGAGGCAGGCGGAAGGGUCGAAGAAGGACGGUGGGGGCAUGGCGGGAAAGGAAGGGGGGGGAGUGCUGGGGAAGCGCGGAUUCAGUAACGUGUGGGGAGAUGACACGCCGUUCCCAUCUACAAUGUUCCGAAGACAGCAGCAGCAGCGGCUGGCGGCGGGCAAUGCCACCAAUGCGCGCGACCGCAGCAAUGCGCCCAACGACCCCGCCGGCGCAACCAGAGCGCCUCCCGGCGCAGCAACGCCAGGCGCGGAAGCAGCGGCGCCAGGGGCGGCGGAGCAGCAGAGGGGCGGGGCGGGGGUUGGGGCGGGGGGGCUGUAUGGGGGCCCCACAGGGCGCGUGGCGCUGACAGGACUGCCGUUCCGCGUGAGCGCCAUGGCAGAGGCGGGCGCGACCAUCACUGGCGGCGCUGGCGCGGAGGGAAGAAUACCCCACGCCCACGCGCACGCGCACACGCACGCACAGGCACAGGGGCACACACAGGCGCAUGCACAGGCGCAUGCACAGGCGCAGGCAGAGGCGGAGGCACAGGCGCAGGCGGAGAUAGAGGCGCAGAUAGAGGCACAGCUGGGCGGACAUGCUGCCGCCGCAGCCGCCGCCGCAGGAAGGGCGCAUAAUCGUGGGUUGCGGUCGCCUCAACGCAGCAAGCCCGAGCGGCUGUCCAGCGAGGAUGCGGCAGCAGCAGCCAUGGGCAAGAAGGGGUGGGGCCCGCUCACCUUCCUCUCCCUUGUCUCGCCACACCUACCGCACCACCAGCACCACAACCCAGCAGACCCCCACUCCCUGCCCGCCUUCCCCCCGCCUGCCGCUCUCGACUCGGCGGUGGUACCGCGGCAGCACGUCCGCCUCUUUCCCUCCUGA